UUUCUCGCGAAUCUUUCGUCACCGACGGCGAACACGAAGCCGGAGCGAAACCGGAGCGAAACCGCCGGGUGUGUUGUGAGCGAAACCGGAUCGCAUUUUGCGCUCUCUCGAGACCGAGCCGAGCGCCGAGAUGAUGCCAAUUUUUGGCGCGCCAACAUCCAUCGCCAUCCAUCGCCAUCGUAGUGGUGCUACUCGGAACGCACGCAUCUCUCACAGUGGACGCCAACGUGCCCGCCAUCGUCCGGUCCCGGUGUUGUGAUCGGGGGGAAUCGUGCACUAAACUAAACAUUGAGUGCACUUUGCGGUGCAAGUACGAGGGUUUAAAGGUUGUUCUAAGGUGGUGCAGUAGUAGGGCCCGCCGUUGCAUUCGCGGAAUGCGGUAGCGUCGUCGUUAUGUGCGCUCGAGAGUGUGUUCGAAGAGAGCGAAAAGUGAUGUAUUUUUAAAUCAGCAUAAACGCGGUGCUGGCCAACGCAAGGCGGAGCAUCUGUUAAGUGAACUUGGCGAUUAUUUGAAGACGCACACCAUCGUACUCAAACCUUGCCCGAUCGGCACACACCACAUGGUUAAACACAAGUGUUGACGAUGUGUUGCACGAUGUGCUAAAAAGUGUGGCUCCUAUCAUCGCCACGCCACGUAGUAGGCUCGGACAGAUUUUGCUCAGUGAAGGGAUAUGCCCAACAGUGCAGUGUUACGACAUCGACAACGAAUUCCAGCCGGUAGGCAACCAGGGAGCAGCUCGCAAGCAAUGAGCAUGCAAAAUGAAAUCAUCGGUGCUACAGACGCUGCUCGAACCGGCCGCCGGGAUCACCGGGCUCGGUAAGAAGCAGCUACAGCAACAGCAUCGAUCGCCAGCACCGACAUGCACCAAGAAUCGGCGCGAUGGCCGUCCCUUGCUGCUGCAAACAGCGGACAAGUGUGGCCGGCUGCCAGUUAUCGCCUGUGCGAUGGUGUUCUGUCUCACGCUCUACCUAUACUUCACGACCACCACCUGGGUGGAAACGCCCCAGAUAAUCGUUACCAUCCCGCCGGACGACGUCGAUCUGCCCGGACCCAAAGAUCAAAAUGCAACAAAAUGCACAACCACCACCACCACCACCACCACCACCCCCAACAACAACCAACAAGACCAUCACCACCAGCACCAAGCUGCACAUGCGAUGAUGAGAGCAGAUGAGCUGCGUCUCACUUCCAAUUCCAAUCAAAUAAUUCCCCAAAUCGUUCCUCAAACCAACAACGCACCCUCCCGGUCUGCUGCUACCAUCAUUGCCUCCGAUACCUCAACCCUCACCGUCACCGGGAACGGUCAUGGGAACACGGAACAUGGUACACCUUCACGUGGGUCAUCUGCUGCUGUCGCUGCUGCUGCCGUGAUUGGACCGGGAAAUGUAACAAUCGGUCCGAACUCACCAGUGCCAAAGGGGUUUCUGGUGUGGGGUCCCGGUUGUCAGAUCAUGGAUCUGAAUCCCUUGGCCAAGGAUGUGAUGCGGCUGUUUAGCAAGGAACAGUUUGUACCGUGUAGCCCGAAGAAACCGCUGACGACGAUCGAGCAGAACUUCGACAACGAUACGGUGCUGGUGCGGUUUCACCCGGAACGGAUGGAAUCGUACAUGCCACACUACAUGCGCUACGUGCGCUGUUGCUAUCAGAGCAUCGAGCGGUCCGGUACGAAGGAUAAGGCGGACAAGAACUUCUGGGUUGGUGAAUGCGUUGCCUUCAAUCAAUCCUUUCUGCUGCCGGCCACGGUCCGGAAUGGGUUCCUAGUGCGCUGUAAAGCCGGUGUUUCGGAGGGCAGCAAAUCGAAGAAGGCCAUCUACACCAAUGCACACGCGCUAGUACGGCCAGUACCGAGCGUCCAGGAGCGGAUAGCACGGUUUAAUGGUCGCGUCGAGAAGCGGCCGCUGAGUGUGCUGAUGAUCGGUAUCGACAGCAUAUCAAGACUGAAUUUGAUCCGUGCGAUGCCCCAUACGGCGCAGCAUCUCUACAAUACCGGUUGGUUUGAGCUAAAGGGAUACAAUAAGAUAGACGAUAACACUUACCCCAAUCUGAUGGCCAUACUGACCGGAUACAAUAACUCACUGGCCUACUCGGUUUGCAAUCCCCGGUCGGUCGGUCAGCUCGAGGAGUGUCCGUUCCUGUGGAAGUACUUCGCGGACAGUGGGUACGCGACGGCGUAUGCCGAGGAUGAGGCCGGUAUCAACACGUUCAACUAUCACAAGCAGGGCUUCGUGGUGCAACCCACCGACCAUUACUUCCGUCCGGUGGCCCUGGCAGCGGAGAAGAAUCUAUCGAAGAAGCUCAAAAACUCGCUAACGUUCUGUCUCGGGUAUCAGAACUACGCGGACUACAUCUAUCAGUACGCGCUCGAUUUUGCGGUGCAGUACAGGAACGAUCCAUACUUUGGUCUGUUCUGGACGAACACGUUCAGCCACAAUGACAUCAGCGAUCCUUCGUCGAUGGAUCUGCGGAUGAAGUACUACCUCGAUCAGCUGGAGGAGCGCGGCGUACUGAACAAUAGCAUGGUGGUGUUCUUCAGUGAUCAUGGGCUACGGUUUGGUCCGGUACGGAUGCUACUGACGGGAUGGCUGGAAGAGCGGUUACCGUUUAACUUCAUCUGGCUACCGGAGUGGUUCCGCGAGGAGCAUCCCGAGAUCGUGCAGGCACUCAAGAUUAACCGGAAUCGGUUGACGAAUCCGUACGAUCUGCACGCUACGUUGAAGCACGUACUAGAGCUCUCGGGACGCAUCUCGGAUCUGCCGGGUCCGUUGAGUUGUCCCAACUGUCAGAGCAUCUUCAACGAAAUUCCGUGGAACCGGUCAUGCGAAGAGACGGCCAUCGAAUCGCACUGGUGUACCUGCGCCAACUUUCAGCCCAUCGACAAACACUCGGUGAUGGUGAGGCGUGCGCUCGCGUACGUCUUCGAUUACGUGAACCGGGAUCUGGAAGAGCAUCGAAAUAGUACGGCGAGUAACUAUGCCUGUGCCAAGCUUGAGCUCGGUGCAAUCACGCUAGCGAAAAUGGCCCGGCAACCGAAGGGGAAGCUGCCGUACGAUGACUAUCUGUUGAUAUUCGAGGGAAAACCGGGCGGUGGUAAGUUCGAGUCGACCGUACGCCACCAUUUGAACCGCGACGUGUUCGAGAUAACGGGCUCGAUCAGUCGGCUGAACGAGUACGCCAGCCAGAGCGAAUGUAUGCACGUGGACUAUUUGCGCAAAUACUGCUACUGCCAGCGAGUGAAGUUGUUUUAGCGUUGUGGUGCGCAAGGCAGCGUUAAUCCGACGGUAUGGGAGACAAUAACGACACAAGGUCCUAACGAGGCGGAGCGGGAGCAAGAUCUUUAAUAUCCUGUGUUUAUCAUCCCUCUCCUUUGGUACGGCCUAAUACUGUUAUGCUGUUGGUGCGUGAAUAACCCUUACACCUUACAUUCCAUGCAAACAAAACUUGAGGACAUAGUCGAAUCCCUUUCCUUCUUACUAGCUUUGCGACGGUUGACCAGAAACUCUCGCUGAAACGAGAAACAAACAAUGAACGUUCCUUGCGAAAUGUGACACCGAACGGAGUGGAUGUUAGUGGCGGAACAGUACUCGAGAGGAAGCAGUAACCAUAUCGUCGCAUCAGUGCCAACGAAUUGUGGUAGUUUAGCCAGCAGGAGGAUGGCCACAAAAGAGCCACCACAGGUAGUGUGAUCUUAGUUUAGUGUGUGCGCCAUGUAAGAAACGUAUGAAGAUGAAGCUCGUUCCGGGCAGUUCGGUAUGGUUAUUAGUAAAAGAAAAACAACGAUUAGAUCCAAAGAUACUAUUUACUUUAGGACGCACGUGGUACGGAAUGGUGGCGAUGGAUUACAAAUCCACCGCCACGUUACCAUGAGCGUGUGCCAGGAGGAUAUUAAAUUGAUGCGUAGGCUUAACUUAGCGUGGACCAAAAACAUGCUUUCGACGUUGGAAGAAGGAUGUUUUGUUUUUGUAAUGAAUUAGUGCAUAGUACGCGAAAGGGGGAGGGCAGUUAGAUGAAUGUAUUAGCGGUCUCGAUGUCCGGGAACUAGUACUACUAGUAGCAUGAAAGGUAUUGAACCGAAACCAGUAUCCGUAGGCAAAAUAGAAAGUAGGAAAGGUGAUGAUGCGCUUUUAGUGCGUACAAAACUACACACCAAGCACAAGAAUGGAAUGGAGCGGUGGACUGAAGAUAAGUUCCCGUGAACUAGAAGCUCUGUAAAUAGUAAACCCCCGCUAUGUGCUUAUCAAUGUUUUUCUCUCUAACUCUAUCUCUCUAUCGCGCUAACUUCUUCUAGUUGAACCAGCGAAUAGUUGAAAAUAUACAAGAAACGGAUCACUAGUUUAGCCAACCCAGAGAAGGAUCCGGCCGGAAACCGGCUAGGCAGGUUUUUGGGAUCGGAUCGAACCAGAUGAAUUACUAUUUUACCAUUUUUGUUAUUUACGGUUAUUGGAUUUAGUGCGAGAAUCAAAAUACAAAUACGCUACAU